AUGUUUGGAAAACAUCUAGCCAACAUCUUCAAGCCGAAUGAUAGCAAUAAUGUGGAGUUUGAUAAUGCAGUUGAAAGUACACUGCAGCAAGACCUGCAGCUCUCCAACCAAAACCAGUUACGUCAAUACACGGUGGUUCAGGUUGACGAAAUGCAAAAGAAACUGACAAAACACAUCGAAAUAGCUGAAGAUGUUCAAAAUAAGAAUUAUAGUUCAGUUACUGUUGAAGAUGCGUUGACCGUCACAGGUUUCGGCAAAUACAACUUCGGUUUACUCCUAGUCUGUAGUUUCACUCUGCAAGCUAUGGGGAUGGACCUGUUCGGCAUAAGUUUCGUAGUGGCCGCCGCUGUAUGCGACUUGGAAAUUACUAUGCAGCAAAGGGCAUUGCUUACAGCUGUACCUUUGAUAGGUGUGGUAAUGGGUGCUCAGAUAUGGGGUUAUAUAUCGGAUACGAGAGGUAGACGUCUGACCCUAGUUCUAUCAAUGUCUGUUGGCUUCGUUUUUGCUGCAUUGAGCUGUCUAGCACCGGAGUGGAAGACCAUGGCAGCGCUCAAACUAAUCUCCUCAAUUUUCACUUCGGCCAGUAAUUCCGGUUCUUACACUUUACUUGGCGAGAGCUGUUCGUCCCGUGCCCGGGGUCGCGUCAUGCUGCUCUGCACGUGUGCUCUUAUGUGCUCGCAAGCAUCAGCAGCUGUACUAGCGUACCCAAUUCUUCCUAUGGAAUUUUCAUAUCCCAUUAAUUUCCUAAACAUCACAUUCCGUUCCUGGCGUCUUUUGAUCCUCGUCCUGGCAGUGCCAUGUGCGAUCACAGCUGGCCUGCUGCAGUUCUUCCACGAGAGCCCCAAGUUCCUGACCUCUCAGGGUCGAUACGAUGAAGCUCUGGUGGUGCUGAAGAAGAUUUACGCCUGUAAUACUGGAGAUAGAGCCGAAAAUUUUCCGGUCAAAAAACUCAUUCCGGACAACGAGGACCAGACUGCCGAAGCCCAGGAUUCGUUUCUAAAGUCCCUGUGGCAUCAAACCGUGUCGCUGUUCAAGCCUCCAUUGCUCAAGGAUACGAUGAGACUAUUCUAUUUGGUCAUUGUCAUUUAUAUGACUGGCAGCGGCUUCAUCCUUUGGCUCCCAUACGUCAUGAACAACCUCUUCUACGUGUUGAAAUCAACUGGUGGCGAUGGGAUGAACCUUUGCACCGUGAUCGGAUACCCGACUGAUACUUAUAUGAACUCUUCAAACAUUACGGACUUUACCGAAAUCUGUAACGACACAGUGGAAGACACCACGCUAUUCUCGGCCAUGACGUAUGGCGCCCUCGCUUCCUUCUCCAAUCUAGUCCUGUCAUUGACCUGCGGGUCACGGAAAAGAUCAGCGAUGAUGUGUAUCCUCGCAAUGUCGGCCACGUCAGCUAUCCUUCUGAACGUCGUCAGGAUACCGUUGGCUGGCGGAAUAUUCUUCUUCUUCUUCAUUAUGUGCGCUCUCUCGAUGGGAUUGCUUAGUGUUUAUUUUGUGGAGCUUUAUCCAACAUCUUUAAGGGGUAUGGUGUCGUGUGUGUCGAUGAUGGUGGGCAGGUUGAGUGCGUUCCUAGGCGUCAACGCGAUCGGAGCUCUCCUGUCUUUUAACUGCGAGGCUACAUUUUACGGCUGGUCCGUGCUAUUAAUGAGCGCCAUCGUAAUAGCUUGGUUCCUGCCCCGAGAUAAGCAGCAUGACAAAUAA